AUGGCGCCUCGACGCGGCGGAGGGUUUUCCUCGAGCUACUAUGGCGACAAUAAUCAAUGGAGCGAUAUGACCUGGUUGUCACUGGAUAACUACCGGGGAAAGUCUUUCUUUCUCACCCAGUUUGCUUUUGAUAUCCUCUCUCUUCUUGCAUUCAUCGUCUUCUUCAUCUGGGCAUGUAGGAUCAGGGAUCGCAGUCUUCCGCUGAAGGGACUCAUUUGCGCCCUGACUUCCUUUAUAUGCUCCCAAAUGAGCAUCAUCGCUUGGGAAGCCCUGUAUGUCGCCGGGGCGGAGGUGACAAUGUACUAUCUGAUUAGCCUGAUGCUCUGGGACUUCUUCAGAGUCAUGGCAAUCUGUUUCACCUUCUAUGUCUUCUGGAACCUCAUCCAUAGCUCCCUGGGGCUUAUCAAUGCCUCCGGCAAGCCCCAUGUGGCAGUGUCCAUCGUCCAUUACCUCUUCCUUAUUAUUAUCUUCGUCCUCUCUUUUGCCGAAUGGGGCUUGUGCGUUGGUUCGUACGUGAGAAGUGUGACUUCCACGUACGACGAGACUUUACAAUUGAUCUGGACACAUGUGAAUGGUGCGACUGACAUUCUCUGUUGGGCGUUUUCCAUGGAGAUCCUCGCCUGGAUAAUUUUUGUUGUUGUCAAGGCUGGCAACCAUGUAUUUGUAUCGAAGAUGCCUGCUGUGGCAAUCAUCACCGCCGCCACCGCCUGGUUCGCAGUGUUUGCUGUCGCGGCCAUCAUUUACAUUCGCUAUACCCUGGUAUAUGGCGAUUAUUAUUCAUGGCCAAUAUACCUUAACGCCGUGGCAACAAUUCUGAAGUUCGUAUUCUGGGUCGGCACUUACACGGGCAUUCUCCUGUGCUGUGCGAAAUGGCAUAAGCUUGAUGACGAGCAGAAGUAUCGGGUGCCUCAGUACCAGUCUCGGUACCCUCCUGAUCAAUUCCCACCUCGAUAUCUUGCUCAGUAUCCCGAAGGGCAAAACCCUCCGAUUCAACAGCAGCCAUAUAGUGUUGCUCCUUACCUGGAUCAUUCGGCACAGCCUCAGACUCAUCCGCACCACGUCUCGCCCCAGCAAGGUUAA